UCCUCCUGCCUCCUGCUCAGUGCUCAGUGAGUCCAGUGGAGCAGCAGCUGAGCUGUAAAUGGAGAAGUCUUCACUCUAAACAGCGACAGAGGGCGGAAUAAGGAGCUCUCAGUGACUGUUGGCUGCUUGAGGAACAAACAAGUAACCCUCAGAGCUCCACCCGGAAAUAAAGAGAAAGGGACCCAGUCUUGAAAAGACAAAAAUACCACUCUUCACCACACCCACAGCACGCUUUUGGCUGAAGAACCUGUCUGAGCCUGCCAGCAAAAGCAGGUUUAGUGGAGACAGACCUGUACCGUGCAAUGGCUCUGUUGACCCUGCAUAGGCUCCCAUCCAUCUCCACCGCUCCAGAUGAAAACCUCCAAAGAAGAGGGAUACUUCAGAAAAGGGAGAGCUUUGCCCUUGUGAAGGGAGCAGUUCUUCUGCUGGAAGAUGGAGAGAGGGUUGAUGAGGAAGCUCCUCCCACUCCACCUUCUCCUGUAAAGGAAGGCGGUCGAGCGCCAGACACACGGCGCAGACAGAUUCAUGCCAUGGUUGAACUGCUCCGACCAGAAGAUACCAUCAAGCUGGCGGUGCAGUUGGAGUCCGCCGGCUCGGUCAGAGUCAGGUAUCUGAUCGUUGUCGCCACCCUCAGCAACAAAGAAGAGAGCAUCCUGUUGGGCAUGGAUUUCCCCAGCUCAGGCAGCGAUCAGUGCACCAUCGGCCUGGUUCUGCCAGUAUGGAGCGACACACAGGUGUAUCUGGACGGAGACGGUGGUUUUAGCGUGACAACGGGUGAAGAGAUCCGAAUUUUUAAGCCUGUUUCCAUGCAAACCAUGUGGUCAGUGCUGCAGGCGCUGCACGGCUGCUGCGAGCGGGCGGUCAAGGGAGCGGUGAUCCCAGGCAAUGGCCUGGAGUGGGCCCAGCACUACCACCAGCACACCGAGUCAGACCGCUACUGCCUCAACGAGUGGGAGGCCAUGAACGACCUGGAGUCGGUCCGCAGGGAUUCACAAAGCUCUGCAGAGAGAACUUCCAAUGAGAGGCUAAUCAAAGAACACCUGAGAGACAUCAUGAGGACUGAAGACCUGGACAACCUCACGUCUAAAAUGGUGCACACUGCCCUGGAGACCAGGAUAGGCUUCGACACGAGACCUUUUAAGGAGUACAUUGACAAUGAGAUUCUGGUCACCAUGGCACAGAUGGACAAACCCUCCAAAAUAUUUGACUUCCUUUACCUGGGCUCUGAGUGGAACGCAGCUAACUUUGACGAGCUGCAGAAAAACAAUAUUGGCUAUAUUCUGAAUGUGACAAGAGAGAUUGACAACUUUUUCCCAGAGUCCUUCACUUAUAUGAACAUCAGAGUGUACGAUGUGGAGGCCACCGACCUGCUCCCUCACUGGACAGACACAUACAACUUCAUCAACGCUGCAAGGAAGCGUGGACAGGCCGUGUUGGUGCACUGUAAGAUGGGCGUUUCACGUUCUUCAUCCACGGUGAUCGCCUACAUCAUGAAGCAGAAUCGCUGGUCACUGGAUGCGGCGUUGACCUACGUUAGGGAUUGCCGGUCCAUCAUCAAGCCCAACGACGGCUUCAUGAAGCAGCUGCAGACCUACAACGGCAUCCUCAAUGCAAGCCAGCAGCGUCACAGCACACUCUGGAGGCGAAAGUCAAGAGACCAAAGACAGAAGUCAGUGCGCAAGGAGGAAGGAGGGGAAGAAGGAAAGCCAGAAGAGGAAGAGGAUGAGGACGAUGAUGAGGGAAGUGAUGAUUAUGAGCUGGGUGAUGAGGAGGAUGCAGAGAGUCCAGAUGAAAAAGAUUUAGGUAGCCCAGAUGAAAAAGCUGAGCCAAAGGGAGACGCUGAGGUGUUUGAAGAGCCCCCCGCCCAGUCUGAGACCAACCAGGGACCCGGGCCGACCGAACCACCAAGCAUCGGUCCUUCUAUCACAGUAGAUGCACCAGACAAGGUCAUUCCGAGUGUUAAUCGCAGUGGUAGGAUGAACCUCUUCUCCCUCAUGCAGUCCAUCAGUGAUGAGGAUAAAGGACGUGAACAGAUGCUCGGCAGUCCGAGGCGGUCUCCAGUGCAGCGCUUGCGUAGCGAAGGGCGACGGGCUCUGGCUCACCAGAGAGCAUGCGUUGAUGUGUCACCUGAACCACGAAGCCUGCCGGGCGCCGAUUCAAAGCAAACCAUAAAGUGAUCAAGGAGACGUUGGAGCAGGGAGUUAAAGGGGGAAGAGAAGAGGAAAGAGAUGGUGGGGAGAAAAAAAUCCUGAAAACACCCGAAGGAAAGUGUGUGCUGGUAACUUGCCAAGGUUUUUAUACACUGAUAAGCUCUGGCUUUAUAUUAUAGAUUAUUUAGACGAUGAAAGUUUUAAUUUAUGUUUAAUUGCAUAUCUGUUCAUUCUAUUAUAGUUGGUGGUUCACUGUUGAUUAAAGGAUCUUGCCGUAAUAUUGAUAUACCAGUGGAAGCCAAGAUAUCUGAUGGCUUAAUUCAUUAUCAGUGUACAUUGUUGUAUUAUUAUGUUUUUUUCAGUGUUUAUUGAACAUAUCCUACCACAUACAGACGUACCAGGCUCUCCCUCACCCCUCGCUCUCUCUUCCCUUCUUCAGCUCUCACGUCCCCACUCCAGAGAUGAUAUCUAUGCAAUUACUGUUCUCCCUUUUAUUUUCCUCUGUAAAUAUGAGGCUGUAUGCUGCCAAUCCAAGGUAGACUAAUUUUUUUCAUAUCAUCAGAAGUCUUUUUCACAGGACGUUCAUUGUUGACAGAUCCAGGAGGAUUUCACUGUAUCUAAGCUGUGCAUCAUGGACCAAGUCGGGGGCAAGUUUUAAGGCGCAAGCCUGUUUGCCAAACAAUGUGUUCCAAUGUGCCAAUGAAUAUAUUGAAUUGAAAAUCUUUUCUUAUCAUAUCAGUAUGUUAAGAACCAAUGUCAACCCAUUUUAUUUUUAUUCCUUCUAUUUAAACACCAGGGCUGUAUGAGUGCCUUCAACCUGAGAAUGAUAUACGACUCUAUGACUGGUGUUUUUAAUAUCUUUACUACGAGGUGGUGGCUGCAUAUUGUAUGAAUCUUGUACUGUUUUUCUGAUUGCAGUAUAAAUGUGAGUGACUUCCCAAAGUUUUGCAUGCAUACAUAUAUAUACACAGUAUAGAUAUAUAUAUAUCAACACACAAUUGCUGGGUGCAUGUUCAUGUGCUUUUAUACCAACAUGUGAGAGCAAAAAUGUUCAGGGUUUUCUCAUGUAUUUAUAUUGACAUUUAAUGGAUUGAGGUAAAUUAUUCAAUUUUCAGACUUAUGAUCACUGAAUGCUGAUGUGGAAUAUUCUUAUUUCAUGCUGGUGUUACUUGUUAUCCAGUGAACCCAAGCUAAAGCUUACUUCAUUUAACCGGCAUGCUCACCGUUCAAGAAAAUAUGCACUUUAUAAUCCCACAAUACACACUGUCCCCACUGCCUGAGCCAACAUCACACUGUACUAUGAAUACUUUUUUUUUUUUUUUCAAAUCUUGUCCACAUCUCUGCCUCGUUGUGUUAAGCUCUCCACUGUCUGCACCUCACUCUUGUUUACAACAAGCACGAUGAGUGGAAAAAAUAAAUGAUUAUACUCAAA